UUAAGCCUUUUUGUUACAUAAAUAUUCUCUAUUCUUUCUAUUAUUGUUCUUCUUUUUCAAAGUUACAAAUUAAACCAAUAUAUAUAAUUUGUACCAAACCAAAAUAUGACUUCUCAAAUUUGUGAAAAUUUGGCUUAUGAUAUGGAAAUCAAGGGUGAUCUUCUCAUUUCAUUAAUGGAAGAGUUACCAUGUGAAGAAAAUGAUGAUGAAAGGUUAGAUAGUUUGAUAAGAUCUUUUGAGGCUGAAAUAAGUGAAAAAAACAAGAUGGAUGGUCAUGAUGAUUCAACAUGCAUAGGAUCACAAUUGAAGAAUCAUUUUGAAGAAUGUUAUAAUGAAUCAUGGAACAUAGGACAAGUGGACGAGGAGGGACAUGACUUUGGGGUUGAAUGGGUUGAUAUGGAUUUGAUGUCAUCCUUUCAAUUUGAGGGGGGUAAUUGGGAGGAUAUUGAGUCUUUUGGAGAUGAGAAGGAUGUGAUGGUUGAUCAUGUAAUGGUUUGUGAUGAAGGAUUUGAUUUGGAAGAACAUGGUUAUAAUUCCUUUUGGCAAGAUAAUUAUGAGAUGGGUUUGGUGCAUUAAUUUGCUACUUAUGUAUAGACUAUAGUGAUGUUGUAGUUAACUCUUUUUUUUUUUUUUUGCUAUGUCUAAUUGGGAUGUGAUUAUAUAUAUGCAAAAAGAGUUAAUGAAUUUGGGUUAAAAAAAAUAUUUGUAUUCCUAUUAU